CCGUGGAAACAGACGAGGCCUAUCAGGCCUGGAUGCUGGCCUGGAGUACCGAAACCAAGAGACGGGCAGAUGACGCCGCAACAACAGCGAAGAAGAAGGCAGAGGACGCCGAGCAGGCACGUCUGCUGGCAAUUGAACAACAGCGCCAGCGUAACGAGGCAGCAGCAAAGGUUGCUGAUGAAGAACGAGUUCAACGUUGUGAGAAGAUAUUUAGCGGAGAGCAGACUUUGCUCACAAUGGCAGCGGAUUGGCGGGCCGAGGCCGAGAAUGGCAAGAUGGAGGAUAGCGAAAACAAGAUCGCUCUACUCCUCUCCCAUCUCACGGACCUCCUGGCAACAUGCAUUACACAGCAGGAGGACAUCCACAGCCUCGACGAUGCGCUGACUCAAGUCCACAGCCGCCUCCGACAGCUGGAGCAGCGACCUGUCGCCCCCCCCGAUGCCAGCUCUUCCAACACCUCCGAUCGCCUCGAAGCAUUGGAGAUUGAUGUCGGCUCCCUAAAGGACGACGUGCAGUUACAGCAGACCGCGACGCAACAGUUGGAGCAGCGGAUCUGUACUACCGCCAACAACUCGAGUUCGGAACCACGCGAGACAGCUCCAAAGUUUGACGGGCAGGAGAUCUUCUGCGACUCGACGAAGACAGAUCCGAUUCCAUGGUUCCGCAAGUUUGAGCUCACGCUGCAGCUACACUACCCAGACUUGGAGGAUCAUCUUGGGCAUCUUCGACAAAUGUUGGAGACGCUCCGGCGCGCCAAGUACAAGGCCAACCGCGACAAGUGCGAAUUUGUCCGGCAAGAGCUGGAAUACUUGGGCCAUUUUGUCACACCGGAGGGCAUCAGUCCGCUAUCGGCCAAGAUUCAAGCCAUCCAAGAGUGGUCGGAGCCUCGGAUCAUCACGGAUGUCCGUUCGUUCCUUGGCCUCGCCGGCUACUAUCAGCGUUUCAUCAAAGGCUACUCGAAGAUCACUACCCACUUGACCAAGCUUCAAUGCGAGGAUCGGCCGUUUGACUUCAGAGAGGAGGCCCGGGAAUCAUUUGUGGCUCUCAAAGCCGCGUUAUUAUCUGCGGAGGUCUUGCGCAUAUACGACCCACUUUUGCCUACGCGCUUCACUACGGAUGCGUCCGGCUAUGGCAUUGGUGUCGUCCUCGAGCAACAUGAUGGUGUGGACUGGCACCCGGUCGAGUAUUUCAGCAAGAAAGUGCCCGUCGUGCAUUCCAUUGACGAUGCACGCAAGAAGGAGCUCCUCGCCUUCGUCCACGGGCUCAAGCGGUGGCGGCACUUCCUCCUUGGUCGAAGCCAAUUCCGAUGGGUAACGGACAACAAUCCGUUGGUCUUCGAUAAGACCCACGACACCAUCAACAGCACCAUCGCUCGAUGGAUGACUUUCAUCGACCAGUUCGACUUCUUUCCCGAUCACAUUCCCGGGAAGUCAAACUGUUUUGCGGAUGCUCUUUCACGGCGUCCAGAUCAUUGUACCGCGGUCUACUUAACCUUCGAGAUCGACGACGACCUGCGAAACAGCUUCAUCCGCGGCUACCAAGCCAACCCCGAGUUUCGCGACAAGUACGUAAAUUGCUCCUCUCCUGAUCCGACGCCUUCUAACUACCGGAUCCAAGAGGGGUACUUGCUUGUCCACACACGGGGGAAGGACCUUCUUUGCAUACCGAGUGAUCCUCACUUGUCUACACGGCUUCUUGGCGAGUUCCACGAUGCUCCCGCCACCGGACACUUUGGAGUCAAUCGCACGAUUGCCCGACUUCGCGAGCGAUUUUGGUGGUCCGGCCUUCUCGGCGACGUCACACGAUAUUGCGAGUCAUGCGAGGUUUGCCGACGCUGCAAAUCCCGCAACCAUCAUCCGUAUGGUGAGUUACGACCAUUACCAGUCCCUUUGAGGCGAAGGGAAGCAAUUGCCAUGGACAUUACCGGCCCAUUCCCCAAGCACAAGACCGGCGUGGAUGGGAUUCUCACGGUGGUCGACCGACUCACCAAGUUCGUCAUGUUUUUGCCUUGCCGCUAUCAUGCCAAGGCACUGAAGUUCGUUGAGGUUCUCUACGCCGGUUGGAUUCAAACCAAGGGUUACCCCAAGGAAAUCGUUUGCGACCGCGACACUCGGUUCAUGUCCGAUUUUUGGUUGGCGCUCAUCAAGCGAUGGGGCUCAUCUCUCAAGCCCAGUUCAGCUCGCCACCCCGAGACCGAUGGCCAAACGGAGAGGGCGCAGCAUACCACACAGGUUCUCCUUCGCACUCUCAUCCGUGCUGACCAGAAGGAUUGGGUUGAGCGGCUGCCAGAUGUCGAGUUGGCCUACAGCUCCUCCGUCCACCCGGCUAUCGGGAUGUCGCCCUUGGAGUUUGACCACAGCUCGCCGGUCACUUCGUCGUUGGACACCAUCACUCCACUAACGGUCGAGAGUGACGACCAUCUUCUCUUCUUGCGUCGGAUGCAAGAGCUACUUGUCAAGGCACGCGACCUGAUGGCCAAGACGCAGCAACGCAUGAGCCAACAGGUCAAUCACCAGCGUCUUCCUUGCCCAUUCCACGCCGGCGAUCUCGUUUGGGUCUCCGCCGCGGAAUUCAGCCUUGAAUAAGAUAUCUCUCGCAAGCUCCUCCCGAAAUGGAUGGGGCCUUGGCCGAUCAUGGCACCCGCU